ACGUAGGAACACUGCAGUAGCGAGACCUCGUAACGGAGCGCUCAAUCGUACGUCAGCCGAAUACUCGUAUACUUUGAUUGCGCGCCGUGCAAAGUUCACGAAUUGUCACUUCGUGCACUCGGCGCGUGCGAGUUGCGUGUCCGAAGGCCGUCGCAUAUGACGGCAGUCGAUUGAACGAGGCGAUGGAACGCGGACGUGACACGUGGAAUCCCGGACAGUGCUGAUAGCCGUACCACUGUUGAUCCUGCGGGAUUUUUAUUCUUGAUUGUCCCAACGAGGCGAAAUUGAGACACGCGAUCGAACGACUGGAGAUACGUCAUGCCCUCCAGAAGGAGCAAAGGUGGCCUCCUGGCCAGGGUGAAUUUCCCGUUAUACACCCUACAGAUGCUGACCAGUAGGCACAUCCUGGUCGGAGGCGGUGGAGGUUCCUCCAAGACUGGAGUUGCCAAUGGAUUUGAAAUCUUUGAAUUGUCGCACAACGGGGCUCAUUUCAUUGCCGAAGAAGUGACCAGGCACGAGACUGGUCCCAGUGUGGUUAUGAACUGUGCCUCGCACAACAAUGGCAAGAAGACGUGGAUAGUUGCUGGUCAGGAGAGUCAUUGUCAGCUGUACAAUGUAAACUCCAAGGUAGUGACCUCGGAGAAUGGAGAGUUGAUCAAGGGUCCGGUGGCACCGGCAGCGAACAAGGAUGGUCUCAGACAUAGGAGAAAUAGCGAAAGAGUGGAGGAAGUCCAGUCGCAAAAGGAGAGGUCGGAAGAGGUCAAGGACGAUAAUUCUAACGUGAAGAGCAAGAAGUUGCAGUUGAUACUUAAGCCUGCUGAUAGCGUGCAGACGGCUUUUGGCAACGGUGAGCCUCUGCAAAGAGUCGUCAGAGUGAGCCUACACGGGAGAAUCAUGGCCACGGGUAGCACAGACGGUAAAGUGAGAUUAUGGAAGUUCCCGCAAUUACACAAACUGUACGAUCUCGAUGCGCACGGGAAUGAGAUAGACGACAUAGACUUUAGUCCGGACAGUAGUUUAUUGGUCAGCAUCGCGAAAGACGGCAAGGCUUUCCUGUGGAGCGUGAAAGACGGCGCGAGAGACAAGGAGCUCACUUGGACACCAGCGAACGGUGCGAAAUACAUGUACAAGAGAUGUCGUUUCCGGAAAUUGGCGGAGGACAAAACGAGGACCGAUCUUUUUAUGCUCUCUAACGCCACCACGGCGAAGAAUCUUAGUUACCUUCAGCUGUGGGACGCUAACACCGGUGCUAUCGUGAAAUCCGCUUCCUACAAGGAAACGCUGUCGGCUCUGGCGGUGUCCGAUGACGGCCAUUUCGUGGCGGUCGGCACGAUGUUCUCGGGCAGCGUCGACAUAUUCGUGGCGUUCAGCCUGAGGAAGGCGCUUCACGUGCCAGGGGCGCACAGUAUGUUCGUGACCGGUCUGGAAUUCUUGCCGACGAGUCUGGAUGGCCCUGCGAUUACGAGCAACACAGAGACCGCGGUCGUCAGCAUCUCCGUGGACAACAGGAUUUGUAUACACAGCAUACCGUUCAGACACACACUGCCGUUCUGGUUUGUCAUCAUACUGAUAGCCUUAUGUAUUUGCGGAGCGUUCGUUCUCUGCAGCUACCUGGGUAUAUGACCCAUGAAAUGUGCGACCGAGGCAAUGAGGCAGGACGCCGCCUUCUCCCGGUUACGUUGCGCCUCCUAAUAAUCGUACCGAUUGAAAUGCAAACGCGACGUUCAACGCACGAUCCACUCGUACCGAGCACGGUGUCUCUCCGCUCGAGAGCUUCUCGUCACGCAGGAUAAAUUACGCAGACGUAAGGAGCGGAUGCGCGGCAUCUUUCGUUGGAACGCGCGUACAAAGCGAUCGGACGGACCGAUUCGGGCACAGUUUUCUCUGACGAACGUUUCCGUACCGCUCGAACUUGUCACAAUUGUGCCGCGUCAGGAGCGGAAGUGACGCGCGAGACGUUUGUCGUCGCGACGGAUCAUUCCGAAGAAACGCAAGUUUAUUUAUUGUAUUCUUUCCUAUCAGAUUAGAAUAUAACAACGGGUUUAAUAUCUGCACCGUUUAUUCCACUCCUGUCACGGCCGGUCCCUGCAAAGCAAUUGUGACAACUCGGCGCGUUCCCAGCGUCAUUAGAAAAAAAUGAGUCUCGACCGGGCGUGUGUGUAUGUGUGUGUGUGUGUGUGUGUGUGCAACCGAGUGUACGGUAAUUAGUUUGCGAUACAGAAGAAUGCACUUAAUUGCGCUAUCGUCAAGGCUAAUAGCAUUCUCGGGUCGUUUACUGCUCUCGACCACUCGUUAUCGAACAAUAGCUGAAUUCGUUGUUGUACACAGGCACAACUCUCGGGGGGGAAGCGGGGAGGGGGUGUCUAUCCUGGAACUGUUUGACGGGACUUUCCAUCAUGAUGAUUAUAUUUUUCAUUGAUUUUCUUAUUACGGAUGCCCGAAAUAAUCGAAGUACUAUUAACGGUGAUCUCGCGUUGCCACGAGAUCGCCGUUCGUUCCGUCGUGCAGUCACGAUGGGCCGAUUCCGGAGAAAAGAUCUGUAAUGGGAAAGAGUCUCGGUGGAUGAUAAAUGGCGCUUUCGGUCGGUCGGAAUCGCGAACGGCUUCGCGGUUUGGCUCCCCGCGAUGUGCAAUUUAGGCGACUCGACGACUCGUCGGUCGAGGUGCUACUGUGAUAAAUGGAACUUACGUCGCACCGGAGUUGCUUCCAGCUGGUUGGGGCCGCAGUAUCUUAGCACAUUGAUGUACAUAGAUUUGUGUGCUGCGAAUUUUUAGCGUUGCGAGAGAAGUUGAAUUUAGCACGGCGCGUUUACGCGCUGUCUUCCGUUUGAAUAACGGAUAUGCUCAAGUAGCUUUUUUUUUUUUCUUUCGUUACGGCGGUAAAUCGAGACGCUUCUCGUGCCGACCGUACGAUCGCGCGCCCUCUUCUCCCUUGCAUGUACCACAGACGGGCUCCUGUGACACAUUAGUCUGUAACACGUUGAUUGCAUUGAUGUAUCGGCGAAUUUCUACGUUCGUUUCUACCACACAUUACACACGUUACACGUGCUUCUGACUAUUCUCCCCACAAAAUAGGACAAACGACGAAUGAGAUAUUCGUGUCGAUUGACUCGCUGUACGGUUAGCAAUAAUUGACGCUACGUCUUGCGGAUCGAGCUCGCGAAUUUUAUUUAUAUAAGACGACGCUUUCUCCAAACUCUCUUAUACUUGGGUUUUAUCGCGCGAAUGCGCUUGUUUUACAUACGCCCCUAACGCGAAUUCGUUCCGAAUGCAAGUAUCGAAAUUUAAUCAAAUCGUUGUGUGCGUGCAUGUGUACGGAUUACCGUGAGUAACUUGGAGACCUUCCGGAGAAAUAAAACAGAUUUUUAAGCGUC